AUGACGACAGCGCCUCCUUUCCAAUUCCCCUCCACCUACUCUUUCCCGCCCUUCUUCACCCCGCAGCCGAAUAGCGCAACGCGCACCUCCCAGCUACAGAAAUGGUCCUCCCUGGUACAGUCGUGGUGUCGCCAUCACCGGAUUUACCGUUUGACGCUUAGCGAUGCCAUCGAGAGUCCUCUGUUCUACAACAGUGCGCUUAGAAAACGACUCUCCAUGAAAGAUGCGCGGGACGUACUGGAUUGGAUGGCGAAGAGCGAAGAGGAGGGCGGCGGGGGGCAGCGAGCGGAGUGGAUCGAUGGAAAUAGCAAGACGGUGGCUCGGAUAUGGUGGAAGAGACCAGAGGAAUGGGCGGGCAUUGUAGCUGAUUGGGUGGAAAAUACGGGACAGAAGAACGUGGUUCUCACAGUCUAUGAGUUAAUCGAAGGCGAGGGGGCCAUGUCGCAAGAAUGGCAUGGGAUGGAUACCGACGUCAUGCUCAAGUCCCUCAAUGUUCUCGUCAAACGAGGGAAGGCGCAGGUAUUUGGCGGCGAAGGCCAGGAGGGUGUCAAGUUUUUCUAA